AUGGACAGGGAAUUUUCAAAUUGGUGGGAGAUUCCAUGGAUUGCUUAUUUUGUUUCUCUUUACAAGCAUCCUUUCGACAUUUCCGAGUUUUCGAUUUAUGAGCUGGAAGAAUGCCUCGAAACGGACGACCCGCAAAGCAGACUCUUCUUUUCAACCCUUCUCAGCGAGCUUCUACGAGGUCUCUAUCAAAAUCCCAAAAUCGACCCGUGGAACUUCGACAAUUCGCUUCAUGAAAUCUGCUCGGUGCGUCUUCCCGCUGAGAACUCACUGUUCAACCCUUUGGCAGAUCCGACAGUGUCGUUUUUCGAUCUCCCAGUGCGCUUACGCAUUUGGCUGGUCUACAAGCUCUGCUGUUGGCGCGUCGAGGACGAGCAGUCGAUCACGGACGCAAUCGAAAUCGCCGAAGCGCGGCCUGAAUCGCUCGCUGAAGAUCGCCACGGAAACCUCUUCUGGUACUUUGGCGGCAUUCACCUCUUCAAGCAAAUCAAAGAGACGGGCGAUUGGAAGACUGUGGCGCGGACGAAGGAGGAGUGGCGGGCAUUAAGGGACAAGUACGCGAACUCGACGGACAAGGAGGAAAUCUGGUUCCGAGAAACGAUCGAGCAAAACUUCGAUCCGACCUUGUCCGGAAUCGAAGAAGAAACACACACUUGGGCGAGAACGCGGAGGAAUCAGCGACUCAAGAAACUAGAAAAACUCAAGGGCAAGAAGCGACGAGCGCGUGUGACGAACAAGGAGCCCCAUCCGACGCUGCUUCCGGUUGAUCAGAUUGAAAUACUCGCUCGUGGCGCCGGGUUAAUCACCAAACUCGAAAAGGAGCAAAGAUCAGCUGAAAUCAACGAGGAGGAUUUGCAUCAUUCUUCGUCCAAGUCCGAUCAAAGCACUUCGAAUUCAGAUUCCGAUAGUUCGUCCCAAUCUUCCACUCACUCAUCAGUGAAGAAGAAAAAAAUCCAAAGAGAGAAGCUCGUUAAUUCGAAGCUGCAAAAUGCAGUAAAGCGAAAUUCGAAUAAUCAGGUGCCCAACAGAAGGGAUACAAGCUCAAGCUCCAGCUCCGAAGAGGAAGAAGAUCAAAAAGAGCGGAGCGGGGCGGAAAGUCCCGGCACCUGGGAAUUGCUCCCAGGCUGCUCGGCAACGCGGCCACAGUUCGUCAAAGUCCGCCCCGGCCAGACGCUCGAAGAGGCCGUCAAGUUCCACAAAAAUCCCAAUGCCUUCUCGCCUCUUGAAAAAGCCAAAAAGCGAAAGCGAAAGAAGGGACAAAACGGAACAAACCCCUCCCCGGCUAAAAAACAGGCGCGAGGACGAGGUCGUCCAAAGAAGGCCAAUGCGGGCAAAAAGAACAAUCUGCCGACGAAGAAGAAGACCGUUCUCGUUCCCUCCGACGUUUCUAGCGGCUCAAGCGAGGCAAGCGAGUCAGCUGGUGAAGGGAGAAAUUCGCCAAUUCGUCCCGAUUCUAGAGAUAGUUCCAGUUCUUCCAGUAGUGGUUCAGAAGAAGAGGAAUUUUCCCCAGUGCCCCAAAAGCCACAAGUAAAAAAGGCCAAGUCUACUAAUUUAAAGGCUCCAAAAAAGAAACCCGCUCCCAAAUCGAAUCCGCCCGCUUCUCAAAAGAACCUUACCAACUGGCAAAAGAUGCAACUUGUGAUCGACACGAUUCGCGCGCACCCAGACUCGUGGCCCUUUUACAGCCCGAUCACGGACGAGAUCGCGCCGAGCUACUCCUCGAUCAUCCGACGUCCGAUGGACAUUGAAACCAUCGAGGAAAAAAUCGCUGCUCGAAUUUACUCAACGCCUCGCGAAUUCGUCGAGGAUGUCUGCUUGAUGUUCGACAAUUGCCGCCUCUACAACGGCGAGGGAAACGAGUACUCAGAAUCUGCUGACGAUCUCGAGGCGAUCUUCAACGCGCAGAUGAAGGAAGUCAUGCCGAGUGUGAGUCUCGCCAAGUUCCGGUUUUCAGACGAAUCGGGGAAUGAAAAUCGCUCCUCCGCUUCUUCUAGCUCUGAUGAAGAAGAGUUCGAUCCGGCUCACUCAAAAUCGCAAAAAACAGCCUCUAAAUCGUCCAAGGGAGCGAAGGGUCAAAAGAAAGGGCCCAAGAAAAUCGCCAAUUCAAUCUCGAAAACGAAGCAAGUUCAAUCUCAAGCUCAAAGGAAGACUCAAAAUACUAGUGACACGCGAAAAGUGGGAAAACUCAACAUCAAAAUUGGCCAGCUAAACGGGCAAAAAUUUGCCCGAUCUCUUGGCAAUUCAAAAACUGCUCAAAAGAAGAAACGAUCGUCCUCGUUUUCGAGAGAAAGUAGCUCCUCUUCCGAAAGCAAUGACUCCUCCCCUGAAAGACCUGCUUCUCAAAACAAACAGACCAAAGCGCAAAAAGAAAAACUAGCAAUCAAAGAAUCAAAAAAGUUCCAAAACACUUUGAAGCAAAAGCGCCCAGUAGAUAAUAGUAAACCUGUCAGCUCUAGUGCCAAGAGCAAGCUCAAGAAUCCGCCAAAAAGCGCGAACUUCGUGCCACCUAUCCGCGGCCGGCCAAACAUAAAGAAGAAGAACGCUCCUGCUCCUGCAGCAAUUGCUAAAAAACCGCUCCCAAAUCCAAACCAUCGAAACAGACCUGAUAAUUCCGCCUCAUCAAGCUCGAGCUCGUCCUCCAGCUCUUCCGGUUCGAGCUCGUCAUCGUCUUCUUCUUCGAGUUCUAGCGACUCGGAAGCGGAAGAUGCAAAGACGAAGGCACGCACCAGCCCAAUGAGAAUGUCGACUGAGAUCCAAUCUGCCAAGAAAACUACGAAAAUCGCAAUCAACACUGUUAACUCCGAGAAAAACUACGAUUCGGACAACAACAAAAUGUCUGACAGCAGCCCUUCUCUUCUAUCCACCGCCAAGCCAACUGCUGUAGUUCAACCUCAACCUGCCAGAGACUCGAGAGAGUCCUCUGAAUCACCAAUGGAAAGCGCAACGAACUGGGAGCAAGACUACUCGAAAGCAAAAGUAAACCCUGUGUCCCGUGUGCUCGAUGCUCAGGAUGUCCAGAUGGUUGAUUCUCCGACGACUAUGAAGCGAGUUGCAGAAGUUCAAGACGCGAUUUUGGAGAUGAAUGAAGAUUUCAAAAACUCGCCUCAGGUACCGGACAAAAGUGACGAAGUUUCUCUUUCUUCCUCGAAAUCGGAGAGGAAGCGCUCAUCCGACUCCUCUGACAAGGACUACAACUUGACCAGCGAGCAGAUCGAACGCGACUCGGAGCUCUACGGGAAUUCUUCAGCAAAGAAAGAGUUGCCCAAGGAAGAGCUACAGACGCCUUUGUCUAGUGACAGCUUCAAAUCAAAAAUUCCAGAAAGCAGCUUCGUUAUCAAUCAAGAGCAAAAAAAAAUCGUCACUGAAACGAACCCGGCAAGAAGCAAAAGUCCAGUUUGUGAGAGAAAGAAAAGCACAGAAACCCACACCCCUCAAAAUCCGAGUCUCAAAGUAUCGCAAAGUGACAAGAUCGCAAAAGAGUCAACACCGGAAAAUACCGCGAAAACGGCGCAGCAUCCUCUUCCGAUUCAACCGCCGAAGCUGCUAAAAGAAGAAACAGCUUUUUCAAAGUCAUUUGCUGGGCAAACUCAACCGCGCUUCGGAGUCCCACAUCCUGGGCUUGACGCUCCUACCGUUGUUCCUAGCUACUUGUCUGGGUACACCCGCGUUCCCUCUCCAAAGAACAACGAAGCAUACGCUCCUGCCGUUUCGAUCAGCGCUUCUUCCAGCAUUGCCCCUUCUUCUACCACUAUCCCCUCCUUAUCAAAGUCAACUAUCCCGAGCCUCCCCCAGCCAUCUCCAUCGACUCUUCCGCCAGCGCAACCGAAACCAACUCGCGUGAUCAGCACGGCUACUGAAUCGUCGCUUCUCCAAAAUGCUGCGACGCACGAAAUCGUGAAAUCAGCGGCCGCUGCUGCUGAAUCAUCGCUGCGCAAUCAUCUGUUGGCUCCGCAUCGUGCGGUUUCGACGUUUGAUUAUCAAAGCACAGCGAACGGAACGGCGCUGAAUCAGGCUUUGCCCGAUCGAAGAGCCCAGCUCUCGCUGCCCCACUUCCCGAUUAAUAUUCCCGCUCCGCAGAACAGUGCCACUCAGAAAAAGGAAAGUGGCGCUCUGCCCCCGACAUUCCCGGGACAUCCAGCUCUGGCAAGUGGAUUCCAGCAGCGCCAGGAACGACCGUUCUUCCCUCAACUGGGCGUCUCCCCAGCUACGGGCCCUGUUGGUUCAUCUCUUCAUUCUCAAAAUCCUCUCCAGGACUUGCAGAAUCUAUCUUCUUAUCCUCAACUGCUCCACCACCAUCCGCACAUGAUCAACCACGCGCCGCAGGGCGUUCCUAAUCCGGGUUUGAUCGGACUCGCGGGUUUCCAUCCUCCCGGUCUUGGCCCAGCAGCAUUUGGCGCCGCCGCUGCUGCAAGCACCAGCCGCUCAAGCUCCAAUGGCACUUCUCUUCCUCAUCAUCCAUCUAUGCCGUUAGGCAUGUAUUCGUCGCAGCUGGGCCCGUACGCGCAGUUUGGCUACCCUUGGCCGCACCAUCCCAACGCCAAUCCAAGACGCUGA